AAAAAAAAAAAAAGAGAGAGAAACACCCAGGUGCUUUUUAACCAAUGAAAUCAAAAAGUUAAAAUGUGACUUGAACUACCCUUUUGGGUAAAAAAAAAGGAUUAUUAAUCUGUUCUUUUUCUUUCCGUUAUUUUCUCUCCCUCUUUUAUAUCUAGUUUUUUUUAUUGCAAGGCCAAAUGUCUAUGUCAUCGAACAGCGCUAUCGAUUUGUUUCCAUUCAAUCUAAAUGAUAAAAGCCUAGGCUUGCUUAAUGCCGCUAUUGCUAGUCAUCAAGUCAACAAUCCUAUAUAUGAUCAAGUUAAUCAGGAUGAAAGUGUAAAUAAUGACACAAAAGCAACAAGUGGCAAAAGAGAUCUUGAUAAAGUCGAUCAAGUAGUGACUACUGCACCUAAAAGAGCAGGUCGUAAGCCUUUGCAGGAGAAAUCACAACCUAAUGAUGGCCCAGUAGACCCUAAGCAAAAGAGAAAGGCACAGAACAGAGCGGCUCAACGAGCCUUUCGAGACCGAAAAGAGAAACAUGUUGCGGAAUUAAAAGCACGCAUUGCGGAGCUUGAAGCGCUGACUGCUGCCAAAGAUGAAGACCUGAUUAAAGAAAAUCAGCAGCUAAAAGAAAUGCUGAGACAGCUGCAAGAAGAGAAUUAUGCAUUAAAAGGAGCUCAAUUUACAUUUCAAUUUCCCGUUCAUACAACAAAAGAAAAUCAUCAUCAGCUAUCACCCAACAGAAGUGACAGCACCGGAAGUCAUGGAGGCAAUAGCUUUAGUAGCAACAGUAGGAGUAACAGUAGUAGUGGCAGCAGCAGUAGUGGUAGUGGCACAGAAGAUGGUACAAGUUCAUCUGCUGAGCAAGCGUCACCCCUGUCCAAUAAUAAUGAAACACCUUUAUUUAGUGCUAUCGAACCUAUUCAGUUCGGUCUCAUCGAUGACCAAUCUAAUUUGUUCAAUCAAGCUUCUCUCACCGUGGGUAACGACUUGCUAAUCCAUGGAAAAGAUGACUUAUUUACAAAUUAUGGCAUGCCAAACACUAAUACUAAUAAUAAUAAUAAUACAACAACAACAACAACCGCAGUCGAUGACUUUUUGUUCCCGAAUGAAGAUCUAUCCGGGCUAUUUGGUGACGUUGAUCUCUUUGGUCUUGACAUGGCACAACAAUUUGGAUUACCACAAGUGCCUACUAUAGCAUCACCAGCCGACAAGAAGCAACGUUUCAUUGAAAAAUUAAGAAAGGCUAAAGAAGAAGGCAAAUAUUUAUACGACUUUCAUCAAGAAAUUCAACAAGAAAUGCCAGACUUUAACCUGGAUGCCUUGUGUGAUGAUCUUAAAAGGAAAGCUCAAUGUAGCCUGGCAUGUCAUACAAUCACUGAGAAAGAGGUGGACGCCAUCAGUUCAUGUCUUGAUAAAAACCCAACCCUCAACAUUUUUUAAUACUUCAAUUCUUGAAUGUGUGCAUUUUAUAUCAUAUUUUGUCAUUGUCAUCUCUUUUUUUUUAUAUAUAAAGGAAAACUUUGUUAUUUAUUUUUUUAUCAGUGAUAAACACAAUAAAAAAAAAAAAG